AUGUUCCAACUGUCUCUGCUCUUCGCUCGUCUCCACCCGCUCUCGACUCAUCUUCCCGCUCCCCUUCAUUUUCUCCCGAUCUCCUCUCGCCCUCCUCUGCUCUCCACUUAUGUCACCUCCGCUCCCCUUUUCUCCUCUCCCGCCCACCCCUCAUCACCCUCUCUCUCACCCCUCGUCCUCUUUCCCCAUUUCAUCUCCAUUCCCCAUCCGAUCAUGUCCAGCCGUACAUACCCCUCAUUAUACAACCCCUCAUCCCCUCCCCUUCCCACUCGCCUCACAGCCCCCCCUUCCCCGCCGCUCCCCCCCUUCCUCUUUCCCCUCCCCUCCUUUUCCCAACUUACCUCUCCUCUCCCUCACACUUUCCUGCUCCUCCUGCCCUACCUGUCAUCUCCAGCCCUCUUCACUCCUCGUUUUCCCAUCCCUCAUCCCCCUCCCUCAUUGCCUUCCCUCAACCCCCCUCAUCUACCUUUGCCCAGGCUCAUCCUGCCCUACCUACGCUUGCUCAAAGAGCCAGCCGCAUUGCAACCCUCAAGCACUCUCUCCUUCACACCAUGGCUCAGCUCAAGUCCCGCUCUCCCUCCCCUGGUCCCGCCUUCUCCCUUGCUUCCCUCCACUUCCCCUCCCUCCCCUCGCCCUCCCAACAACCCUCCACUCGCCUAUCCCCGUCUCCUUUGCUCCCCUCCCUCAGCUCGCCCUCUUGUCUCCCGUCUACUCUCCGCUUGCACUCUCCGUCUCCCAAGCAUUCCCCCGUGCUUCCCUCACGUCCCGCCUCUCGUUCCCUCGCUUGGAGAGCCAUCAACUAGGUGGUGCUUCCCCUUCAUAAGAUUCAACUAG